UCCCGCCGAAGGGACGUGUCAGUGAGCCGCAACAAGCGGAACCGGCCGGUGCCUCUGACUGACAGCCCUGCAUAUUGACCGCAAUUUACCGUCCGUCACGCAGAGAAGCGCGCGCAAGAAAACCACGGCGUCGGCGGCGCGCGGGCGACGGACCUCUCGCUCACAGGCACAGGUGCUGUACUGCUGGAGAUCAUGAGGCGUGCUAUGAGGCCGGCGCAGAGAUGUCAGUCGCUGCGUGGGCCUAGGGAGCCGUCAGCUGCUCCUCUCGUCUUCUCUGCACUCCGCUCACCUGGCUCGCUCCACAGGACAGUCCGAGGAGGUGGGGAUUUUCUUGAAGGCGUGAAGAGCAUUCAGCAGAAGUGGGAGAACGUGCAGCGCACCGUGCAGUCCGAGGCCCGAGGAGAGAGUCACCUCCCUCCACCGCCAGAGAACACCGGUCAGCCAUGUACCAUACAGCAGCCCACCAGGGGUGAGCUGGACCUUCUAUAUGAGGAAGUGAUUUACACAGUGGUAAACAGAGUUGGAGUGCCCUCACCUGAAUACGUGACCAAUGAAGGAGACCUCUACAGGUAUCUACAGAAGGUUUUUGAAGUGAAACCAGAACUGCAUGAAGUUGUUCUGCAGAGAGUCCAAGAGUCCAAGAGAGCAAGUUUCUCCUUAAAGAUCUCUGUAGUGGAGGGAAAAGAUCUCCUGGCUAAAGAUCCUAAUGGUUACAGCGAUCCCUACUGUAUGCUGGGAAUUGUUCCGGGACAAGCCCCUCGAGAGGUAGAGGAGAAACGAGAACGCAAGUUCAGCUUUCGCAAGAGGAAAGAAAAGCUGGAGAAGCAUGCCAGUGUCAAAGAGGGACUAGCAGCAAAGUGCAUCCAGGUCACGGAGGUGAAGCAUGAGACCCUGAAUCCAGUGUGGAAUGAGCACUUUGUUUUUGAGAUCGAUGAUGUUCUAAGUGAUUUUCUCCAUUUGGACAUAUGGGAUCAUGAUGAUGAUGUUUCUGUGGCUGAAGCCUGCAAGAAGCUCAAUGAAGUCAGUGGGCUGAAAGGCAUGGGCAGGUAUUUCAAGCAGAUUGCAAAGUCUGUCCGAACCAACGGCACCUCGGCAUCAGGAGCCGAGGAAAACAUGGACGACUUCCUUGGCUGCGUUAACAUUCCUGUUAAUGAGAUACCAGUAGGCGGAUAUGACAGGUGGUUCAAGCUUGAGCCCCGAUCCAGCGCCUCCAAAGUGCAGGGAGAGUGUCAUCUGAUCUUGAAGCUCUUCACCACCCAGAGGGACACGGCCCUCAGCAGGAGAGACUCACAAGUAAGGAUUCAUGAGAAGCUUCUGAGCCAAAUUCUUCUGUAUGAACACCAGCAGGUUCAGACGGAGACCUACAACUGGGGUGGGAGAUUGAGCAAACAAGCAUGGACAGUGCUGUCUCAUCAUGCUGUUCAAACCAACCUGUCGCCACUUCAACAGGCCAUCAUACGCUGGCGUUGCUACAGUAGCCACCAUCGAGGCGAGCGAAUGUGUUACUCCUUUUUGCUUGGGCUCCUAAGGACCAUAGAGGAGGAGUGGGAUGCUUCAAGCCUGGAAGAAGAGUUGAAGAACAGCCUGGCGGACAGCUUUAAUCUGCACAUAGAGCACUGUCUGUCCCUGCUAAGGAGGCUGCGCCAGGUCUUCCCGUGCUCCAGCCCCAUCGCCAUCACACGUUGCAGCUUCAUGCUGAGUGGAUUGGGAUUCCUUCAGGCCAUGCAGGCCUUCAGAGCAUCUUGCCCCCAGUAUCGGGAACUAUCCCAGGACGUUGCCACGGUAAUAAAGAAAAGUACAAUGGAGUGGUAUGGGAUAACCAUUACACGUCAUAAAAAAGAUGAAGCGGUUCUGGAGCAGCAGCUAAAGCACCUGGUUCUCGUGGUGGAUGCAGUGUGUGCUGAUCUUCAGAGAGAACUAAAUAUAUACAAUAAGCUCUUCUGCAGUUCGCUAAAGGUGGAUUUGUUCAGUAUUUCCUAUCAACAGCUAGAGAAACUGGUGGCGAGUGAUGCGAGGGCUGCCAUGGACAAGGUGUGUGUGGCCCUGGAGCAGGAGGGUGGAGCGAUGAGCCAGGCCAUGGGGGACACACUCUUCGAGCUCUACAUGUCCCUCAAGACACUUGGACACUUUAGGGACUUCCUGCCUGAGAGCAACGUGAAGAUGCUGGCCCUCACCGGCUACCAUGAGUGGUUUAAGGCUUCCGUUCACAAGUGGUUCCAGAUGGUUAACGAAAUAUCCUGUGAUAGAAUUCGCAAAGCAGUCAAGGAAGACCAGCUGAAGCCGGUGAGCGGCGUGUCCAAGCACAGUGCGUCGGCAGCGCAGGUGACCAGCUGCUUCAGCCAAGUGUGGGACUUCUGGGUGCAGCUGGCGUGGCCGGAAACCGCAGGGGCCUGUACCUUCCUGACGCGCCUCGUAGAGGAUCUCUCCAGUGCAGCUGUCCUCUACUGUGAACUUAUCAAACGCAAAAUGGACAACAGUCAGCAAGACACCAAGACCCUCACCGGUCAGCUGUGCGUUGCCCUGAACAACGUUGAACAUGUCCGCGCGUUCCUCGGAAACCUGCCCCGUGGCCUCGGCCUGCAGGGGGCGGAGCGGGCGGCGGAGGAGCGCUCCGGGGCUGAGGGCGCGGAGCAGGGCGCGCAGGCCUGGAGCAGCCAGCUGUGGUGCGUCGACGCGGAGCUGCACAAGCAGCUCAAGAACAUGAUCGGCCAGCUCACUGACAAGAUGCUUCUAGGUUUGAACAAAUACAUCCGACACAUCAGUCUCUCCCCAGAUUCUAUCAACAACGAUGAUGCUGUCUCUCCUCUGAUGAAAUAUUUAGACGACACCCUAGUGAUCCUCAGCGAGUCCCUUGUGAAGGACAAUUUAGCCAGGGUCCUGAGAAGCCUGUGGUCACUGAUUCUCCGGAUAAUCUUCGACACGGUGGCUGAGAACAGAGACGUGUCCGUGGAGUUUUACGGAAGGUUUCACUUCACUCUAGAGGCUCUGGUGGAGUUCUUCCAUGCUGAAGGUGAAGGUCUCACCCUGGAGGAUCUCCGUAAUGAAGACCACAGAGCCCUAGAGAGGGAGCUACGGCUGAACAGGUGCUCCUCCAGUGAACUCAUCGAACAGUACUUUGUGGAGAAGAUUGCGCAGCAGAGGAUGCUGAAACACAGUAAGUUUGGCCGAAUGAGUGUGAGAUGUUACUACGAAGCUCUGGAGCAGCGGCUCACCGUGGAGGUCCUGCACGCCUCCGACCUCAUCGCUCUUGACGCCAACGGGCUGAGCGAUCCCUUCGUCAUCGUGGAGCUCUGUCCUCAUCACGUGUUCCCUGCGGCCAAGAGCCAGCGCACCCAAGUGAAGCCCAAGACUCUGCAUCCCGUCUUUGAUGAGACUUUCUACUUCCGCGUCACCCCCGAGCAGCACAAGCACAGGGCCGCCUGCGUGCUCUUCACCGUGAUGGACUACGACUGGCUGUCCACCAACGACUUCGCCGGAGAGGCAACGGCAUCCCUCGGCGACUUUGCCGUGCCGGACAGAGCUGGUGCGCACGGGGGAGGCAGAGCCGUGCAGCCGCUCCUACUCCACCUGACCCGGCCUAAACCCAGCGAGAAACCCAUCAUGAAGAUGCUGGAGUCGAGGACAACGGACAGAGAGGCUCAGGAGUUUGUAAGAAAGAUGAAAGACUUAGAGAAGUCGAUGGGAGACGAGGAGUGAUCAACUUCAAUGUAAUAGUCUGUAUUUUAAAACUGUUGAGGCAGCGAAGGCCACAAGUGUCAUUUUGUUGUGAUGUAUUUUCCUGGUACAGUACUAGUUUUUAACCAUGCUUUGCC